AUGAAGGAAGCAAUGCCACAAGUGUUUCCAAAAACCAGGCACCGAUUCUGCAUGUGGCACAUAAUGACCAAAGUGGGAGAGAAGGUUGGUGGGAAAUUAGCAAAAGAUGAAAAGUUCAGAAAGGAAUUAAAUGCAAUCGUCUGGGACAAAACCUUGGGACGUGAGGAGUAUGAAAUACAGUGGAACACAUUAAUGACAGAGUACAGCCUCGAAGAGCACAAGUGGUUCAAACAAAUGUACGAGAUCAGAUCAAGUUGGAUAGAGGCGUACUACAAUGACGUGUUCAUGAGAGGGUUAAUGCGAACGACAUCCAGAUCAGAGUCAGAAAAUGGACUAUUUGGGGACUGCAUCAACACACAUGGAACAUUGUUAGAAUUCUUCACCCAGUUCGAAAGCGCAAUCGAGAUGCAGCGGCACAACCAAGCACGAUUAGUCGCAGAGUGCGAAACAUCUUACCCACCCAUGAAGACACCACUACAAAUUGAGAAACAUGCAUCUUCCCUAUACACCAAUACAAUUUUCUACGACAUCCAAACAGAGAUAUUAGAAGGAAGUUUCUCAUGCAAAAUAUCUAGAAAGGAACAAGCAACUGAUCACGUACUAUAUACAAUCCAAGAGGGCAAAAAGAAGAGCUUCACAGUACAAUAUUAUAAAGAGAAUGAGACAGUGAGAUGUUCCUGUGGGAAAUUCACUAGGGUGGGAAUAUUAUGCAGACAUGCGUUUGCAGUAUUGAAGGAUGAUGAUGCAGAAGUGAUACCAGCAAAAUACAUAAUACCAAGGUGGACACGGAAUGCAUGUGCACACAACCGGGCCAACGGCGACAUUCAACAAGGAGGAUCAGACAAUACAGAAAGAGAAGAGAAGAGACUAACAGCUAAACUAUGGAGUGAGUUUUACUCUUGCAUAGCAUUAUCACAGGCAAACACAUCUGAAAUGCAGGAGAUGUUGGACUAG